AUGAGUCUUGAAGGAGAAGACUUUGGCAAGGAUAGCUCCAAGAAUAUAGAAUCAUAUACUGGUAGAAUUUUUGAUGUAUACAUACAAAAAGACUCUUAUUCACAGUCCACCUUAGAUGAUAUGUUUCCAGAAGACAUUGUUUCAAACGCUACUUGUGUGAAAAAUGAAGCGCAGGAUGACAUCGAUCUUAUCAACGCGCAUCCUCAAUUUGAACUGAUCAAUACUGGGCUGGGGGCUAAAUCGGAUGAUUUGAAAUCUCCAUCAGUAAAAGUUCCGUUCAGUGAUAAGCAGAGGAAGAAUGAAGUACCAAGUAUAUCUGUAAACAGUUACUUUUCCGAACAAAGUAGCGAAGUAUCAUCAACAGCGGAAUCUUGGGCCAUCGGUUGUGAUAAAUGGUCAGAAAAAGUAGAAGGGGCAUUCUUCGAAGCACUUAGAUUAAUAAUGAAGAACGGAACCACAAAAAUAAAAAUAAGAAAUGCCAACUUUGGGAGAAAUGAGCUGAUUUCGUUAUAUAUCAAGCACAAAACCAAUGAGUUUAGAACCAAAAAGCAAAUAUCUUCCCAUAUCCAAGUCUGGAAAAAGACCAUACAAAACAAAGUUAAGGAUUCAUUAGCGCUAUCAUCAAAGGAGGAGGAGCUUUUACAGCUAAUUGAGCAUGGUGCUGAGCAAACUACUGAAAAUUCAAACUUGUUUUACGACAUAUUCGAGGAAAUUAUCGACUCUUUACCUUCCAUCAACAAUUCCGGAAAUUUAACUCCUAAGAAUUCGCACGCAAGUAACAGCAACAAUAACGCGUUGUCCGUGCACUCAAGACUGCUUACACCAAUCACUGCUUCAAACGAGAAAAAAAUCGAAAAUUUCAUCAAGACUAAUACUACACCUCAAGCAAAGACCCCCCUAGUUUAUGCUAAACACAUUUAUGAGAACAUAGACGGUUACCGGUGUGUCCCGUCGAAGAGAAAUCUUGAACAACUUUCCCCCACGGAAUCUCGCCAAGAAGGUCGCACUAAUAAGGAUAGUUUUUCUAACAAGAAAGCAAUCCUAGAAACUGCAAAAAAUAUUGAAAUGGAACAGAGAAAGAUAAUAAAUAAGUAUCAGAGGAUAUCCCGCAUACAAGAGCAUGAAAACAGUACUGAAUUCAGUUCCAAUUCUAACUCCGGUUCAGAUUAUGAAUCAGAAGAAGAAGUGGUUCCAAGAUCAACCACAGUUGCGCAACUCCAGGGUAGACCAGUACCGUACUAUAAAAAUAAUGGAAUGCCGUACUCUCUCUCAAAAGUACGAGGAAGGCCCAUGUAUCCCAGACCUGCCGAAGACUCUUACAACCCAAGCUAUGUUCAAGGUCUGCCUCAAUACCAAACAUCCUAUUUUUCACAACUGUUACUAUCAUCGCCCCAGCAUUACGAGCAUUCCCCACACCAAAGGAACUUUACACCAUCCAACCAAUCGCAUGGGAACUUUUAUUAA